AUGGAAGAUCAAUGUAACCACAUGAAAGAGAUUGGUAUUUAUUCAAUUGCUCUGUAUUCGGAGAACAGUUCGAAUGCUACAACGGCAAGCGAUCGCGAGUAUGAAAAUAUUCUUAAAAACGUGAGAGAAGGCGAAUAUUCCUUGGUGUUUGCUUCCCCUGAAUGUUUACUUGGUAAAAAAGCGUGGAGAAAGAUUUUGUGCUCUGAAAAAUUUCGAGAUCAUUGUAUUGGAGUAGCAUACGACGAAGCACACAUAAUUGCACAAUGGUAAGCGAUUUAUAUAGAUUAUCAAAUCAAUACUGGUUAUAAAGGCUUGAUAGUUGAUACAAAAGUGGGUAUACAUAUUUCUCCAUAGGCAUAAGUCAUGGAGGAAAUUGAUUGAUUUGGAGAUUGAAGGGCUCGCAAAAGGAUGCAGUGGUUGCCAGCGGGUUCAACAUGACCCCAAAUGCUCACCAUUACACCCAUGGGAGUGGCCAUCUACUCCCUGGCAAUGUAUUCAUGUCGAUUUUGCAGGACCAUUCCUUGGAAUGAUGUUUUUAGUGAUUGUUGACGCUCACUCAAAAUGGUCAGAGGUAAUAACCAUGCACUCAAAAACAACAACCUCCAAAACUGUCGAAGCCCUGCGAACAGUGUUUGCUCGAAAUGGGUUACCAGAACAACUGGUUAGCGAUAAUGGUCCUCAAUUCACUGCAGAAGAAUUCCAGCUGUUUCUAAAGAAAAACGCAGUUAAACACGUAACUUCAGCACCGUAUCAUCCAGCCACAAACGGCUUAGCAGAAAGAUUCAUUCAAACCAUGAAACAAUCUUUGACUUCAAUGAAGGAAGAUCUUGGCUCCACGCAGACCAAACUAUCCAAAUUCCUAAUGAAAUAUAGAAACACACCACACAGCACGACUGGUGAAACACCAGCAACUCUCCUCAUGGGAUGA